CCCAAAAUCAAUCAAAACUGAGGAUCGAGUGAUAAGAGAGUGAAAGAAACAAAAGAAGAAGAUGCCGUGCCUUAACAUCUCCACCAACGUUAGCCUCGACGGCGUCGAUACCUCUUCCAUUCUCUCCGAAGCUACCUCCUCCGUCGCCAAAAUCAUCGGCAAGCCUGAGAACUAUGUGAUGAUUGUGUUGAAAGGAUCAGUGCCUAUGGCAUUUGGUGGCACCGAGGACCCUGCCGCUUAUGGUGAACUUGUCUCCAUCGGUGGCCUUAAUCCCGAUGUCAACAAGAAGCUCAGCGCUGCUGUCUCCGCCAUCCUUGAGACUAAGCUCUCUGUUCCCAAGUCUCGCUUCUUCCUCAAGUUUUACGACACCAAGGCCCAUCAAAGUCAAGAAUAUGCACAGUGUUUACAUGCUUUACACCAGCACUACUACUAGGUCAUGAUUGAAUAGAGAACAAAUACAUCUUCUUGUGGAUCCUUCUUUGGUUGGAAUGGAUCGACUUUCUAGAUUCCGUGGCAAGUAAAGAGGUUAAUGUGAUUUGGCAAUCUAUGAACGUGUGUGGUAUUAGUAUUUAUUUAAGCUUCCCUCAUUGUCAACCAACUUUGAACUAUUUCCAGUUGUAAACACUCCUUAUCUCUUAACGUUUGUCUGUCGGAGUUUGCAUUAAGAGAGAAGAACUUUUUAAUGUUU